AUGCCUCGUCAGCUCGCGAAAGGUCGCGCGGGAAACUUGCGUGAAGUCAAAAUCUGCGCAGGCCGCGACCGCACACGCGCGCGCGCUCGGAACGCGCACGCACGCCGGUCGACGCCUCACGCGGACGCGUCGCGCUCGAACCGAACUCUACGCGCUCUCGCGCGCGACGUCGCGCGCUCGCCCGCGGACACGAGAGAUCUCGCGGGCCCCCGCGCCGGCGGUCGCCGCCGGGCUCGCUCGGAAGAAGCACCGCUCGCGGCGCCGCGUGAAGAGCGGCGCCCCCGACCGCCUCGCGCGUUCAUCAUCAUGAUGCUCGGAACCUCCCCGAGCGUCUCCGUCGGCAUCCCCGUCCGCGCCGCGUCGCCCGCGACGACGAACGCGACGGCGUCGUCGGCGUCGGCGUCGCCCGCGACGCGCGUCUCGCCGCUGCAUCACGCGUUGUCGUCGUCGCCUUCGGGCGACGGCGCCGCGUUAAAUACGCAGCUGAACGGGUCGCUCUCCGGCAGCGGGCCGCGGAAGUCGUUCUCGUCGCUCUCGAACUCGGGCGGGUCGUCGCUGCGGCGGUCGUCCGUGGAGCGCGGGCGCGCGGUGUUCGUGAAGCCGGUGGCGCCAGCCGCGGGGGGAACCGUGACGGGGUUUCAUCUGGAGCCGAGUUCGCGAACUGGGACGAACAACGCGGGGUUCCGAGACCGGGGUUCCGAUGCUACUACCCCGGGUGCGAGCGUCGUCGACGCGGGAGGUCUCUCCGCGGGGCUGAGCGCGCUGCAGAUCGAGCUUGAGGACGCGCGGUCGUCGAUCGUGUCGCCGACGAAGACGAAGCCGCCGCUGCCCACGUCCGCGCGGCGGUCGCUGGACGCGUCCGGCUCCCCGACCAAGUCGUCGCGCGUCGGGAGCGGGCUCCUGACCGGGACGCCGCCGCUCGAGGCGCUAAACGACGUCGAAGCGGCCAUACUCCGCGACGCGCAGGCGAGACACGCCGCGUUCGGUCUCCCCGGCGUCGUGAGCGCGUUUCGAGUCGCCGCGAGGGCGCACCGCGGCGACGUCGACGACGUCGACGGUUCUGAAGCGCCGUUUCUGAAGCGCUGCGUCGAGUGCGCGUCCAUCAUCGCCCACCUCGGGAUGGACUCCAGCGCGGUCGCGGCCGCGCUGCUCUGCAACGUCCUCGACCGCACGCCGGUCAUCGCGGAAGAGCUCGCGGUAGCGCUCACGGGCCGCCCCGCGGUUAUCGACAUGGUGAAGGGCGCUUCGAGGCUCGCGCUCGUGUCGCGGAUGCGUCGCGCGUCGGCGCGCGAGCUCGACGCGGAGGAGCGCAUGCAGCUCCGCGCGAUGCUCAUCGCGGCCACGGACGCGAGGGUCGUCAUCGUGAAACUCGCGGACAGGCUCGCGACGCUGACGUCGUUGACCGCCGCGGCCGACGGCGGCGGCGUCGACGCGCUCGGCGGCGAACGCGACCGCGCGACGCGGCUGGCGGACGAGACGCUCGACGUCUUCGUCCCGCUCGCGUCUCGGCUCGGGAUAUGGACGCUCAAGGCGCGCCUCGAGGACGCGUGCUUCGCGCUGCUUCACCCCGCCGAGCACGCGGCGCUGUCGCUCGAGCUCCGCGACGGCGAACAGCGAGAGGCGAUCACGCGCGCGGUGGGCGACGUCUCGGCGGCGCUGCGCGCCGCCGGCGUCGACGACGCGUCGGACGUCUGCGGCCGCCCGAAAUCGCUCUACUCGGCGUUUCGCAAGAUGCGCGCGAAGGGGCUGGGGUCGAUCCACGACGUCCACGACGUCCGCGCGCUGAGGAUCAUCGUCGACGGCGGCGAGGCGUCGUGCUACGCCGCGCUCGCGGCGGUGCACGCGCGAGAGGGGUGGACCGCGGUGGAGGGCAAGACGAAGGAUUACGUCGCUUCGCCGAAGAAGAACGGGUACCGGAGCUUGCACACGGUGGUCCGCGACGCGUCGGGACGCGCGUUUGAGAUUCAGAUCCGCACGCGGGAGAUGCACGACGCCGCGGAGUACGGCCUCGCCGCGCACUGGCGGUACAAGGAGCCGGAACACGCGGCGGGCGGGUUGGAAGAUGGAACGAGAUUGAACGCCGGCGGCGGCGGCGCGUCGAGCACGCUGCGCGCGGUGGAUGAGCAGAUCGCGUGGGCGCGGUUCAUGCUGUCGUGGCAGGGGCAGCUCGCGGACGACAAGUGUCGCGUCGAUUCGCAUUCCCCUUCCAGUGGCGGCGGCGAUUCGCAUUCCGGCAUUCCGGCGAUGGUUCCGUCCGCGUGCCCGUGCGCGUUUCCCGCGCACGCGUCGACGUGCGAAAACGACGAGGGCGUCGUCGCGUUUGGAUCCUCGCGCGGUCGCGGCGGCGCGCUCGUCUCCGCGGACAGCGCGCUCUGCGGCUCGUGCGACGAUUCGCAUUCGCAUUCCUCCCCCGCGGAUCGAUCCCACUCCUCCCGCGCGGAUCGGGAAUACGAAUCGAGCGGCGUCGACGCGGAGCCCGCGACGCCGGCGCCGAUCUUCGUCGUCGCCGUCGUCGACGGCGCGAUGCGCGUGUUGGAGGUGCCGCGCGGCGCCGCGCUGUCCGACGCGGUGCUCGCCCUCGGCGUCGACGACGGGCGACUGAGCGAGUUCCAGACGGUCUCGUCCGUCUCGGUCAACAGAGAGACCGUCCCUCGCGGCGCGGAGCCCGCGAUCGAGCUGCACAUGGGCGAUUUACUCGAGAUUUCGCACGACGCGAUCGCGGGCGGGGAGUCCCCGGAGGGAUCCCCGGGGACGAGCGCGGGGAGCGUCCUCGCCAUCGAGGCGCAGCGGCGGCGGCUCAUGAGCGCCGUGGGCGAGUCGAUCGACGUCGUGGCGCCUCCUGGCCUCGGGCACGGCGUGGUGCCGGUGUCGAGCGGGGUGAAGCGCGCGCCGGUGAAGACGAGCGCCGCGAACUGAUCGACGGACGGACGGACGACACGACGGCGGAAGACGUCGAUCGAUCGAUCGAUCAUGCAUGUACCAAAAAGAAUUAAUUUGUGACGAGAAAGAGUUGUACGACUACGUGCACGCGCGACGACGAACGAAUCGCGGUUGUAAUCAAUUGAUGACUGUAUAACGAA